UAUGUUUGCGCAUGUGGUACAUUGUUUUACCUUGCGUUGGAUCAUGAUUGUUGGCCCUUCAGCUCUCGUUGGAUGUUUUCCAUGCCUGGUCAUCGCUGUGCCUCGAUGCCUCACUAUGCCUCACUAUGCGCUUUCCGGAAGGGGUCUGCCACUACUAAACUUGACAGAAAACAUAAUGAGCAACGUUCUGACUAGGUGAAUAAACAGAUCAUCAUACACACUUUUUCAGUUCCAAUUUGAUCAUUGACCCUU